GCGGAACCCAAGUCUUCAAGCUAUGUUUCUUACCGGACUUCCGGUUAUAUGUAUUCUGGCUGGAUAACGAUAGCUUUCCCAGAGUUUUUGCUGGACUAAAAGAUAGAACAAAUCUUUUCAAAACGCCGAACAAAUACAGUGUAUGUAGAAAGUAAUUUUAUUUUGCUGAUGGCUCGUCACUUUCCUCCUGUCCCCUCUGAUGUCACCUACUUUCUGUCCUCAGUUCUUCCUCGUGGUUUUGCUUUGGGGCCUUCGCUGCUCUGUGAAGGCAGUGUGGGGCUUUGGUGGGUCGGCCACCCGCUGGAGGCCGGGACUCUGCUGGGAAAAGAAGGCGACACAGACUGGAUCUCCAAGAGUUACCCGACACUGAUGGAAAUGUCAGCAAAUCAAGAAGCUCCUUUACAAAGAGCCCCCUGGAUCAACGGAAAGCAUGGAUGAAAUUAAAGAGGCCGAGGCUGUAAUAACCAAAAAGACAAAAGAAGGACCAAAGAAGAAAGAGUUGAAAAGUCAGGAUGAGGAGGAGGAACACAGCUGCUUGAGGAGGAGCCACCCAAUCACACUUGGGAGGAAGAGGAGAAUUAAAAUCAUCCAAUCCAACCAGAGUCCUGAGUGUGACAUCCAGCAAGACAUUCCUUCAGACACAGCAGAUGUUGGACACUCAAACGCUGUCCCUUCAGACAAAGACACAGACGACUCACUCCCCGCAUCUCUUUCUGUCCGCUGCAGCUCUCGUCUAGCUGCUAAACCCCGACGGGUUCACAGUCUGUCCAGCAGAACUCGACACCCCCCUGCUGGAUCUGACUCACCCAAACAGAAUGAAGAGCAGAGCAAAGACUCAGCUGAAGGCCUAGAUGUCUCUCCAUCACACCCUGAGUCCGUUGUCACAGCUUGUCCUGCUGAGAAGGUCUCUGAGUUGCAACCGGAGGUCCGAGAGAGGCGGUACAGCUGUUCCAGCUGUGGUAAAAAGUUCUUCCAGAUUGGUCACUUGAAGAAACAUCAGUUUAGCCACACUCAUGAGAAACCAUUCACCUGCCAGGCCUGUGGGAAACACUACACCUCAGCAGAAAGCUUCAAAGCCCAUCAGAUGAGUCACCGCGGUGAGCGUCCAUUUUCCUGUCCCAACUGUGAGAAAACCUACUGUCUGAGGCGGGACCUGCAGGAGCACAUGGUCCUGCACACCGGAGAGAAGCCUUACACCUGUGAGAACUGUGGCAAGUCUUAUGCACGACGUCCUUCCCUGCGCGUUCAUCGCCGCCUCCACUGCAGCAAGAUGAGCUACACACAGUCUCCAAAGGUGCAGUGUUCAGUCUGCUCCAAGUUGCUGGCCAAUUCGAAUUCCCUGAGGAACCACAUGAAGCUCCACACGGGAGAAAAGCCUCACAUCUGUCAGCAAUGUGGGAAGUGUUUCAGACAGAAAGGGAACCUAGAGUACCAUUUGAGACUUCACAGAGGAGAGAGGCCGUUUCCCUGCCUCGAGUGCAGCCAGGCUUUCACCCAGAAGCUUGAUCUCCAGCGACACAUGUUCUCCCACACCAAAGGGGGAUUUCUCUGCAGCUUCUGUGGGAAGUCUCUGAGGGACCCCCACAGCCUGAGGUACCACGAGAGGCUGCACACUGGAGAGAGACCCUAUUGCUGCUCUGUCUGCGGGAAAGGCUACACGCUGGCCACCAAACUGAGGAGACAAAUGAGGUCUUCCCAUCUGAAAGAAAAGCCAUACAGUUGCUCCUGCGGUGCUUCCUACACUGUGAAACAAAGUCUGCUGAGACACCAGGCACAGCACAGGAUGGAGGCAGGAGGUCAGAAGGAGGUGGAAGGAGAACAGAGAGAGGAGGUAGACCAAAAUGCUGAGCAGGAGCCAGAGGCUUUAAGCUGUAGUCACUCUAAACCGGUUCGAGGCAGACCAAAGAAAGGUCUGCGCCUUCAAGAGUCUGGGGGGAGGGGAGGAGGAGAUGCUGAGCAGAGAAGAGAGCUAGGAGAAGAUGAGAUCAUGAGUGUUGAAACAGCAACCAGAGGAGCAGAAGAGACUCCAGGCGACGUCCAGCACACUGUUGUCUAGGUCCACUCAGAUGACCUGUCUGCACCGACCUCCACUCCCCUGCUCCUAGAUGCAGAGGACUUGCUGCCUGCAGGAACAGAGCCAGGGCUGGUGGAGGUGGUGAUAUCGGAUGGCGUGGAGCAGUGCAUCAUGGUCCAGGGUCAGCAAAUGGUGGGAGAGCUGCUGAUCCUGCAGGAGGAAGAGGGUGGACUCUGCACUGUGGCUCAGACUGUUGAGAUAAAAACAAUAUAACCAAAACCCUCAGCUGGAGCGUCUCAGGCCAGUGACUCAGUGAACCUCCCUUCUUCCAGCCUACCUCAACUACAGGUGUUGUGUUCAUGGCAGGAAGGAUUUAAAGUGGUUAAAUGCUAAUUUUACACAAAAAUUCCAGCAAACAAAGAUGGAACCUUGUUUUUAUUUUAUCAUGCCUGUGUAUGUUGCCAACACUCGACUCCGAAAUUAGUUGAUUUUUGUUGAUGGGGAGAACUUACCUCGUCACAUUCCUGUAAAAGUGCACUGAAAAUAUCCCAGCGUUACAUCACUUCUUCAACAUUUACCUGGUUAUCUCCUGGAGGCAAAGGAAUAGAAUAAAACUUCAGUGAACUUCUGGAAAGUGGCUGACUGUGUGAGCGCAGACUCCAAUAAAAUCCAAAAUAAUACAGAAAUGGGAAAUCCUACAUUUCAAAUUGUAUUUUUUUAUUUUUUGUAAAAGCAGUUUUCAUAAGGAAACAAGGAGCAAAGGAACAGAUGAAACAGUCUCAAUACCCAAGCAAACUAACUUCCUGAUUCUUUCCAAAUUCAGACUGUGAAAAGGUUUUUUGGUCCUGGUUAGGGAUGUAAGAAAAUGUCGAUAUGGCAAUAUGUCAUUAUAAAUUUUCAAGCGAUAUAUCUAUAUUCAAAAGCCGUGUAUCUAAUUUUUUGGAAAAAUUUACAUGCAUUUAUGUAUUUUCUUUUCUUUUGGUGCAAUUCAAACACCAACCGCUAAAUGGCAGCAGUGUGCGAUGGGGUUUGUUUCCACCAUUAAUAUGUAAAUCCCUCUGUCAUGGUUCAGAU